AUGCUUGUCUUUUCGACUGUGGUAAAUGGCUGGAUAAAUCUAGGCCGGCGACACGAACAUAAAUUAGCAAAAGCAGUGUUUGGCGGUUCUGGAAAGGUGUCGGAGUUCAUAUGGAUGUUUCUCCCAAAGAGCCCUCCUCCUGACGUCAGGAGCACGGACCCUUCUUCUCCACCUGCGCUUCAUACAGCUCUUUUGAUUGGCUGGAGCCCUUCAGAUGACCCCUGUCAGGCUAAAUUUAAGCUCAAUGCCAAGAAGUCUAACUUACUUAAGCUUAACGCUAAUUUAACGACUUCCACAUUGAUUGGUCCUAAUACCGCUACCGCUACACGCGGCUCAGGGCUGUCGGCGAUGUUGGCUGUUGGCUGUCGGGGUACGGAGUAG